AUGAGUAAUAAGAAGCUUGAUGAUAUUGACGAUUGUGAGCAUAGUUCUCAAGAAGAAUUGAUGGAUCAAAAAGAAGAAAAAGAUCCCUUGCAAGAACAAGAACCUUCCACGCCACCCGGAGACUAUUCGUUGAAUCAGAUUAUUCGAAAGAGCAUGAGUCCCGUCUAUAGAACUGAGAGAGAUGAUGGAGAACUAUAUGAGAGUUACCACCACAAUAACAAUGAUUUAGGAAGCAUUAAACUCAUGAAACAAUUAUCAAAUAUAUGCUCAGAGAUUGUGCCUUGUGGCCUUAAAGAUGAAUACUUCCCGAGAUCAAAAGCACAACGAUCACUUUUCGGUCGGCCGCCAAAAACAUCUCCUGUCGAUAGAAAUAUUCCCCUGUCUCGUUUUGCCGAAUUGAGGCGGUUCCAUGAUCUACAUUCGAGCGAUUCAGAAGAGGAUUCAGAAGAGAAGGUGUCAGAUGACGAAACGAUGGAAGAAGAUUAUCAGGCACCAGCUGAGACAGCGGUGAUGGACGAACUGAUGGACGAGUUUCAUAACGCUGUUGAGCUACCCGAAGAUGAAAAUGAAGAAGGAAAAGUACAGAGAAAACCGAGAAAACGCCAACUCUCAACUCAAGACGAAGGCGUUCAAGCCAAGCAACGACCACCAAAUCCUCAAUAA